AGCUCGAGAGUCGGAUUUCCUACGCGCCAUGUUUCAAUUGCCCUCUGGCGAGGCUGCCGCAGAGGGCCAGACUGACGACACGGCGAUCCCACUGCAUGAUGUCACUCGGCGCGAGUUUGAAAGCCUACUAGCAUUCUUGUAUAACAGCAUGCACGAAGACGGAAAGCUUACCCUUCCACAGUGGAUUGAUCUCCUAUCCAUGUCCACCCGCUUCGUAUGCGACAAGAUUCGCGAGCGCGCCAUCAAGGAAAUACACCAGCAUCGUCCUCGGAUUGACCCUGUGGAGAAGAUUGUCCUUUCGGUGAAGUUCGAGGUGCCACAGUGGCUCACCCCUUCGUACGAAGCGAUAUGCCAGCGCUCGCAGCCUCUGGAUAUCACAGAGACGAUUCGCUUAGGGUUAGCCACAGCGGUUCUCCUUAUGCGCGCGAGGGAGAUUCUCCGGCAGGACGUGAGGUCGCGAGACGGCCGGGUCAAAAGACGCGCUCCUUCUCCGCCUCACACAGCCACAUCCGCGUCCUGGCCUGGACUGACCGUUGCCGACGAGGAACCAUUAUUCGAUGCAGAUCGGGUUUCAGAGGUUGUGCGGAACGUCUUUGCAUUGCCGGCUGAUGCCUAGGUGUCGUGAGGCAUGCAUCAGAGCUUCGUCCAUUCGCCGCUUUCGCAGUCCUAGGCAUUUUUCGAGACUCGUCGUGGCGUCAUUGCAUGUAUGGUUCCCAUCAGCUUAUGGCAGAAGCCUUCAUUUGCCUUAUUGCGUACGAGACGGGCCGGCAAUUGAAUAGUCAUAUUUCCGGUGCUUGCAGCCGAUGCUGUUGCGAACGUUCCUUCAGCGGCUUCUCAGGAUGCGAGAGCUUUGUCGGGGAAAUUCGCAAGCCUAAUAGAUCGUGUUUUCACACCGCGGAUGAUCAUUUCCACCACGAGCUGGAUCCACGA